AGCCACCUCGGCUCUCAAGGGCAGCGGCUCGACGGGCACUUUGGCUCGCCCCCCCGGCUGCUGCGCGCCGCCCUCCCCGAUCCUGUGACUGAGCGAGAUGGCGCCGGCCUCCGCCGCCGAUGAGCAGCGCGUGCCCCUCGCGCGCCCCGAGCCCCCGCCGGAGGAGAGGCCGAGCGCGAGGGCCCCGGCCUGGAGGCCGGUCGCUGGCCGGCGCCGCCCCGCCGCUUGGGCGCGCUGUGCGCGGCGGUGGCGCUGGGCGGCGUCCUGGUCCUGCGCGGCAGAGCGGGGGGAGUGUCGCCCCGGCUGGGUGCUGGAGCGAAGCCCAGCAUCCUCGCCGAGAACGACGAGUGCGCCGCGUGCAGCGACGCGUAUUCGAAGGGCUCGGGCGUCAUCGCGGAUCCGACCGCGCUCGGCGGGGCGAUGACGUUCGAGGACGUCCAGAAGGCGCUGCACGCGACCUGUCCCGAGCACUGCACGCAGAAGAAGACCAACGGGGACCUGGACAAGUUCCGGGGCUUCGGGGGCGACGGCGACGACGAGGAGGAGUGGGGCCAGG